AUGACACGCUCCAUUGAGAUUACCUCAAUAGAUGAUAACCUAACUCCACUGCUUCGUCAAACUGAAAAAGAUGAGAUAGAAGAAAGGAGGAAAGUGGAUUGUAUAAUCGAGUUUAAAGAAACAAAUGGUCAAGAUACAUCAGGGUCGCAAACAAAGAAAUGUGUAAAUCAAAUCUUUGAUAAAAUAUUUAAGGAUUUGAACAAUUCAUCUAUUAAAUCGUGUACGAUAUUCAAAGUAAAUGUGGGACUACGUGAAUCAAAUUCAGCUGCUUAUACACCAAAGAUGGUCUCUAUUGGUCCUUAUCAUAAGAAUGAACCUCAACUUGUUUCAAUGGAAAAGUACAAAUUAUUGUACCUACAAAGAUUUCUUCAACGAAAUAAGAGUCUUGAUGUGGAAAGUUGUAUUAGUGAAUUGGAGAAACUGAAGGAGGAUGCAAUAAAGUGUUACGACGAUAUAGAAGAUGUCGAUACUGAUGAAUUUUGCAAAAUGUUGUUGCUUGAUGGUUGUUUUGUGGUAGAGUUUAUUCGAGAUCGUUGUCAAUUGUGGGAAGGAGAAGAGGAAAUUUUCAACAGUAACAUUGGUUGCAUACAGAAUCAAAUACUUCGAGACUUGAUGUUACUAGAAAAUCAACUUCCUUUCUUUAUCCUCAACAAGCUUCAUCACAUGACAAGAGAAGAUGAUGAAUUAUCAUUGGCAGUACAGGCGAUCCUUCCAUCUACCUUUUUUGUUGAGUUGCAAGAAAUGACCUUUGAAUUAUUUAUAGAGGCAGAAUAUAAUGUUGGAAAUAUCAAACAUUUACUUCAUGCAGUUCAUAUGUUUGCAUGUCAUGGGAAUCCCGUGAAAGAGUCAAACAAAAAUAUAAAGUGGCAUAAGAGCAUGCCCAAUGCAACAGAGCUUUCUGAAGCUGGAGUUAGCUUUGCAAAGGUCAGAAAUCAUUUUAAUAGUAACAAGGACAAUAAUACUGAUAUGAAAAGUUUAUUUGAUAUAAAGUUCGAAAAUGGAUUGAUGACAAUCCCUUGUUUUCAAGUUGAAGAUGAGACGGAAACCCUUCUACGAAAUCUCAUUGCUUUUGAGCAACAAUCAUAUGAUAUGCAACCUAAAUAUUUUAGUGAUUUUGCAGUUUUCAUGGAUUAUCUUAUCGACUCAGACAAAGAUGUGAAUUUGCUUCGCCGUAAAGGAAUCAUAGAGAAUUGUAUGGGAGAGGACAAAGACGUAUCUACCCUCUUCAACAAAAUUGCAAAUGGGGUCACUAUUUAUCCCACCUUCUAUUACAAUGAAGAAUGCAUCAAAGCAUAUCAACAUUGUGAUAAAACAUUGAACAGGGUGAUGGCAAAUUUGAUGCGCAAUUAUUUUAGUAGUCCUUGGGUAGGAGCUUCAACAGUGGCAGCCAUCAUACUCCUCAUACUCACAACUAUACAGACUAUUCUAGCAUUCACAGGUUCCGUUAAGUAA